AUGCCCCAAGAUAUCACUUAUCAACACCCUUUGUUUGGUGGCAAAAUAUCUUGCACGUUCCCCAAUAGGUUCCAGGAUGUCAGCGACAUUCGAGAAGUUCCUGAUCAUCAGGAGGUGUUCGUCGAUCCAAACCGAGACGAAAGCUUGAUCAUUGAGCUUUUAGAAUUCAAGCCUGAUGUUGCUGAUAACGGGAGUGCUGUAUGGUUUCUUCAAGACCUUGCUAUUGAACAGGAUGCUGAAGGAAGUGUGGUUAUUGAACAGUCUGGAGUUCUCGAAGCACCUGGUUUGACGUACUACAAUACACCUGCAGUUGUAACAACUGCAGUGGGUCAGAUGGCAAUUUCUAAAGGACGGCAAGGAAGGGAAGCACAAAAUAUUGUGAAAGUUUAUUUGGCAAAUUUGCGUCUUAAAGAAGUUGAUACUGAUGUUCUAGUCACUGCAUACGAGCCCAUUGUUAUAAACCCCUUGAGCGAAAGCGCAGACUCAGUUGGUGCUGGUGUAGCUGUUCCAGCUGCUCAAGCUGGAUGUACGCCCAUGGAUGAGGUCUUUAAACUGGCCGUUACAAGCUUCAGGGUUCUUGACUGGAGUCUCUUUUGA